AUGGCCAUAUUUGAAACUCCUUUACAAACCAAAGCUGUUGUUGACGACACAGAAAAAUUAAUUUGUACUGUUGAAAAUGCCCAAAAUAUUAACAAACAUACAGAAUAUAUUUUGCGAAUCCAAAGAGGGCCAUGUAAAGAAAAUAAAUGGUAUGUAUCAAGAAGAUACAGAGACUUUGCAGCAUUGCAUACUAGCCUUCAAGUGGCCAACAUUGACCUUCCGAUACCACCAAAGAAACUUAUUGGGAACAUGCAACCAUCUUUUAUUGCAGAAAGACAAAUAGCAUUACAGACCUAUAUAAAUGAAGUCUUAAAGCAUCAACAGCUCACUCUGUCAUUGCAAGUAAGAAACUUUUUGGAUCCCAAAAAUUAUGCAUUAACUAUAUCAGAGCAAGCUUUACAGAGUGUAUCAAUUGCAUUACGGGGAGAUGGACAUUAUGAACUAAAAUCUCCUUUGACUGACAUUGGUUGGAGGAUAAGGAAACAUUAUUUUUUGAGAGAUAUUUAUAGUGUAGAGGUGCUUGUUGAGUGA